GCCCCUUUGCUGGUUUGAUCCCUCCCGCGCCAAACCGGAGCCCGGUCUGGAUGAUGGCACAACUCCACUUCCCAAAGCCACACAGUCAUCUCAGAGUUGAUCAACUGCUGCCAUCGCUGUCUGUUGCCACUGCUGGCGCUAUAAAUGCAUCACAUUCUGCACACUGGAAGAUUUUUACUCAGAAACACCUACCAGACACCCAGGCACAAGUGUUGCUCUCACUUUGCCAAGAUGAUGCGUGCAGUGUGUGUUGACGUACCAGGAGGACCAGAGAAUUUGCUGCUGCGAACUGUCUCGAGACCUCAGCCCAAAGGUGGAGAAGUCCUGAUUAAAGUUCAUGCAACUGCCCUAAACAGGGCGGACUUACUGCAGAGGCGAGGACUCUACCCUCCUCCUCCAGGUGAGAGUGACAUCAUAGGCCUGGAGGUGGCUGGGACUGUGGAUUCUCUGGGCCCAGGGGUGAAAGGAGGCUGGAGGCCAGAUGACAGGGUCAUGGCCUUGCUCUCUGGAGGAGGAUAUGCAGAAUAUGUUUCUGUACCCGAGGAGCUUCUCAUGCCUGUUCCCCCUAAUCUCACUCUCUGCCAGGCUGCUGCGAUCCCAGAGGCCUGGCUCACUGCUUUUCAGCUGCUGGUUUUCAUAGCUCAAGUGAAGGAGGGUGAAGUAGUGCUGGCUCAUGCUGGAGCCAGCGGAGUGGGAACAGCUGCUGUUCAGCUGGUUCGUCUGUUUGGUGCCGUGCCCGUCGUUACUGCCGGGAGCCCAGAAAAACUCAAGAUGGCCGAGAACCUGGGGGCAGCAGCUGGCUUUAAUUACAAAGAAGAGAGCUUUGCGCAGGGAGUUCAUGACUUUACAGGAGGCAAGGGAGCAAACAUCAUCCUUGACUGCAUUGGUGGGUGUAACUGGGAGCAAAAUGUGAGCUCCUUAGCCACCGACGGCAGGUGGGUGCUGUACGGCACCAUGGGAGGCAGGGCGGUCGAGGGAGAUCUGCUGGGCAAACUGCUCUCUAAGCGAGGCCACUUGCUCUGCAGCCUCCUCCGCUCUCGCAGCCUUCAGUACAAAGCAGACCUGGUCAAGGCUUUCUCACACCGAGUGUUACCGUGUUUCUCAGAACAGCCCGCCUCCUUGAGGCCAGUGAUUGACAGCACAUUCAACUUGGAGGACAUUGCAGAAGCUCACAGGCACAUGGAGGCCAACAAGAACAUGGGGAAGAUUGUCAUUAAUGUGAUUCCUCAGAAUCAGGACACUCAGUGAUGACCAACUGCAGUAAUAUUAACAGAAAUGUAAUUGAUCUGAAGUACAUUUGAUCUAUGUCAUUUAGAAACUAUUUGGCUAACACAAAUAUUGAUAGUGAUUUUAAAUAUGCCUUAACCACCAAUAGUCCAAAGAUGAUUUUGGAUUUUUAUUUUAAAGUGCUGUCUCUUCUAGUAACAUGAUUAACCAUGACCACCAUUUAUUAUCUGUAUUGUGUUCAUGCUGGAUAUUAAAGAGACCAACACUGAC